UCGGGGUGGGCUGUUGCCAUGUUCCCACUUUCAUGGGUGUGGUGAUUAGCUUGCUUGGUGAAAAUCUUUCUGUCAAAUCCGAACCGAAUAGAGCUCUGUCGUGACUGAGAAGCAGUUUAAAUUGAUUCAGAAUUAACACGAGUCCCUUCCGGAUCUGUCUCGCAGCUGGUACCAUGGCUGUCGUGUGAAAACGGUUCGGUGUGACUCGGAUCAGGAUAACGGACUGAGCCAACACGUCUCGUUCAGGUGUCACCUGGUUAAUUGUGUGAGUGAGUGUGUGUGAGUGAGUGUGUGUGAGUGAGUGUGUGUGAGUGAGUGUGUGUGUGUGUAUGUGUGAGUGAAUGUCUGUGUGCAUGCUUGAAGACGUGUGUGUUUCCUCGACCCAGCCAGUGUUUUGAGUGGAGCGUAGCCUGAACACAUCUCACAGGGACUAUGAGUGAGCUGGAACAGUUGCGGCAGGAAGCCGAACAACUACGAAAUCAGAUCCGGGAUGCCAGAAAAGCCUGCAGUGACUCCACUCUGUCACAGAUCACAGCUGGUCUGGACUCUGUGGGCCGGAUACAGAUGCGGACGCGACGCACACUCAGGGGCCACCUGGCCAAGAUCUAUGCAAUGCACUGGGGAAGUGACUCCAGUGACGACAGUCCCAGGUUACUGGUCAGUGCCUCACAAGAUGGAAAGCUAAUCAUCUGGGACAGCUACACAACAAAUAAGAUGCAUGCCAUCCCGCUACGUUCUUCAUGGGUGAUGACAUGCGCCUACGCCCCGUCUGGGAACUACGUGGCCUGCGGAGGUCUUGACAAUAUCUGCUCCAUAUACAGCCUAAAGACCCGCGAGGGCAACGUGCGCGUGACACGAGAGCUGCCUGGACACACCGGUUACUUGUCCUGCUGUCGCUUCUUGGAUGACAACCAGAUCCUAACCAGCUCCGGAGACACAACCUGUGCAUUGUGGGACAUAGAAACAGGUCAGCUGGCCACCAACUUCACGGGCCACACCGGAGACGUGAUGAGCUUGUCUCUCAGUCCAGACUUAAAGACGUUUGUGUCGGGAGCGUGUGACGCCACCUCCAAGCUAUGGGACAUCCGUGACGGGAUGUGCAGGCAGUCUUUCACCGGCCACGUGUCCGACAUCAACGCCGUCUGCUUUUUCCCGAAUGGGAAUGCAUUUGGCACAGGCUCAGACGAUGCCACCUGCAGGUUGUUUGACCUGCGUGCCGACCAGGAGUUGAUGAUGUACAGCCAUGACAACAUCAUCUGUGGCAUUACUUCAGUGGCGUUCUCCAAAAGCGGCCGCCUGCUGUUAGCCGGGUACGAUGACUUCAACUGCAACGUCUGGGACACUCUGAAAGGGGAGCGUGCAGGUGUGCUAGCCGGUCAUGAUAACAGAGUGAGCUGCUUAGGAGUGACGAAUGACGGCAUGGCCGUGGCCACCGGCUCCUGGGAUAGUUUCCUCCGGAUUUGGAACUAACCAAACAUCUCGCCUGAUGCGUUCUAUCACUGUCACCACCUUAGUCUCACAGCCCAGUCCUACCUAUCCCCACUCAUCUGCUGGGCUGGACCUGAGGCGUGCAUCAGCUGAAGCUCUCGUCGCUCCUCCUAGGGGUUUGUUUUGUUUUUUGUCUUUUAUCCUGACGUUACACAGCAACAAUAUCUUUUUUUUUUUUUUAAGGUAGUUGUCCACAUAAAACUGAGGUUUUCCAAUUGAUAGAAAAGCAGAAGAAAACAAAGUUGAGGGUUUUGUUUUUAUCCAAUUCUUUUCUAGGGGCAUUAAAGGAUGUCUGUAACAGAAAGGUUAGCAUCAGUGUGUAAUAUGUAAAUAUAAAGACGGUAUAUUUGUAUAGCAUUAUGUUUGUAUAUGUGCAUCAUAAAUGCAUAUAUUGUGUGUGUGUGUGUUUUAUUGUUUAUUUUCCACCUUUUAACUCAUUUUUGUAGUUUCUUUAUGAACAGACGUACAUAAUGCCAAAAAUAUUUAUUUGAUCCCAGUUGAGAUUCUCCUAAAAUGUCACAAAAAUGUUGGUUGUUGCUGAUUAAAUCAGAACCGCUCCGUCGGUUUCUGAAGAUCAAGAAAUAAGAAAUAAUUCGGCUUUUGUUUGUAAUAUUUAUUGGGCAUCAAGUGAACAUUAGUUUUGAUAAUAUGAUCCCCGUUCUUACACCAUUUGUUUUGGAAGGGAACUGUUUUUAUUUUAUUUUUUUUUUCUAAAUCAAGCUUCAACUCCAAAGUAGACAUUGUUAGAGUUUAGGCUAAGAUGGAAAACCGUAAUGGUCAGAGGCCUAGGCUUGGCCUCUGCUCAUGUGGAUGGUAUCGUCAAAUCCUCAAAUGCUGAACAUCCAUUCCGUGCAAAUCAACUGCAGCGUGGUAAAGGAGGUCAGGACAUCCCUACCUCAUGUGGCCUGCAGAAGACUUGUUUUCCCUACAAGGACGAGACCAGCUCUUGUUGCCCAACAGUGGAGCAGUGUUGUGAAGGACGACACGAGCAGAAAGCAGCCUCUCGCUGUGUCAGACCCAUGCAUCAAAGGAGCUUCGUGUUGGGACCACGAAGAGGUCCUAGCGGCAUCUGUGGACCUUAAUAAAAGAUGUCAAAGCUCAACAUGUCAUUUAACCCCUCUUUUUCUAAUUGAAGGAUCCGAGUCCUUUUUGUCAUCGAUGAGAUGUGAAUAGUGACUGCAUGGAAGUAAAAUCACACCGGUGCCACCACGAGCCUGUUAGAAAGGACUAAACACCAACAAGGAGUUCUGAAGAUCAAACUCUCUGAAUGUUCUUGUUCCUCACCAAAAAAUAAAUAAAAAUAAAAAACGAUACGAACUUAACACGACAUGUGAAGAAAGUACACUUGGUAAAUGGAAACGUACACCUAGUAGAGCGCUAGAGGCACACACACAGAGUAGGAAUAACCAUUGUACACUUGUGACGUGUUUAUAGAAAUGGUUUUACUGGGUUUGAUGUUCUGGUACGUCUUGCAUAGCACAGCUGAACAACACAAACGGAGCAGAACCACACAUCGUGUGUGUAUAGGACUUAAUCAUCCACUGUCUGGAGCCUUGUGGGCUGAUGAGGAGAGCGUGGCCCUGUUGUCUCUGUGUUUGCCUUAGAUUGUUGUUCAUAUCAGAGGUGAAACAACAAAGCAUUUUAUUUUUUACAAACUAAUGAUGUUCUGCUUUUCUCCCUAGUAGAAGUAUGUUCUGAUGCAAAUGAACACUAAGACUCAUGCUUACAGGGGAAAAAACAGCUUCACAUCAGCACAGCUUCCUAAACUUUUAAUAUAAAUUUAGCUUUUUAUUUCUACGGUAAUGUUUGUAGUCCUUAUAAAGGUUUGGUUAGCCGUGGUGAGAUGAGCGUGGUUCUGGUGGACGUUUAGUUUAUUCUGUUUUACCUGCUUCCACUUCGCAUUAACAAAUCAAUCUCGAGUGAAGGUUAAAAAUGGUAAUAGUUUUAGCCUGAGGAGGAUGUGUUGGAUGGGAAAUGUGAGUGUAGCGGGAAGUGCGUGUGGGGAGGGGAGGGAUGGGAAAUGUUAGUAUAGCGGGAGGUGCGUGUGGGGAGGGGAGGGAUUGUUAUUGGUGUGUGUGUGUGUGUGAAACCUCUGGAUCUAAAUGUUACUUCCUUAUUUGUGCCAAUGUUAUCCACAGACCCUGAGCUGUGAACCGAAAACUAGUCAUAAGUAAAAUGGAGAAGAAAAAAAAGGUAGUUAACCUCUUUGCUCAUGUUACUAAAAUGCCAACCUUCUCCAUCAGAUGGUCACAUCAGUGUCUCUUUACAAAGCUGAUUAGCUUCUGGUGUCUUUUUAUAUCCCAGAGUCGUCCCUGCUGGCAGAACUCAUUAGACUUCUAUUUCUGUCCGUGGACAUCAGGUGUGCUUGUGUCAAACUUUGUGACCAUCAUAAAAUGCACAGAGCUUAUGUUAAAUGCUAAGCCUGUACAUUGGGCAGUGCACAGUGCUGAUGUUAAUUUCCACCCAAACUGAAUUGGUUCUUACGUUUAUCUUUGAAAAACUGCAAUUAAGUGUUGCAUUAACAUAUUUUCUAGUACUUGUCACAGUUGGUGCAACGGCAUCACUUCACAGUGGUCACAGAACACAGUGCAGCAUCAGCAGCAAAAUUUGGUCGAGUUUUGAAUCGUUGUCGUGAAAAAUUCCAGCUUCUCCAAUUUCCCCUGCUACAUCCGUCUUGUUGCUUCCAUAUUCCACAGGGAGCUGUGUGAAGCAAACUACAAACCACCGUGGACCUUACAGAGCUAAAGGGGGGGUGGGCUUGUCCACAUCAGACAGCGAUCAGCAGGUGACCAUUUCAUCUGUAUGAUCAGCUGAAACCUGGAAUAGAAACACGUGCCUGAGCAGUUCACUCAUGCAGUAAAGCUAUAAAUCAACAGCGGUGCUCGACUUCCUUCAACUUUACAUUGUUGCUUCAUCUGAUGUUUUUCCAGGUUAUAUUUUUUUUUUACUUUUAACCGAUCAUAAGUGUCUCUGUGCCGUGUCUGACUUUCACCUUGUUUAACCGUUAAUUCCUGCUGUGUGACUGAAAUUUGCUUCACCCAGUUUAAUGUGACUGCCCAGCUUUUUGAUCACAGACCUGCACUGCUUUUGACUCUUCAGCCUGCUGUUGACACAUUCUUAUUUAUUAUUUUGUUUGAAGCCAUCAAAGACCGAGGACUUGGUGCCAUAAUUCUCUUACAGUGCUAUUGUGUGGAAUUAUAAUCACUUAUUAAAUAAUUUUUAUAGUCUUUUUCACAUCAAACCUUUGUUUUUGUAUUUGUACAGUGGCUUGGUGAUACGGAUAAUGUUGCCAUGAGUUAUUGUAACCAAUUAAAAAAAAGCUUUUAAUCAAG